UGCUGGGAUACGGGUUUUUAGAUUCUGCUUCUCUGCACUCUUUGGUCAUCUGCUUAUUGUUGUUUUGUCAGACAUUUUUCCGAAUGUUGGUUACCUAGCAGGGCUCAGCCGACCGGCUCCAUUUUCGAGCGGAGUAAUGCUUGAAUCAAUCAACGUUACCGAAAGGCUUCACUGGCCUGAGUUUGAGCUCUCCAAGAAGUACCUUCUCAGCCCUACAGAUAACCCAGUUAAUGCCAGCCAGAUUGAUUUAUAUAGCCUUUGCUCCACUGUCCUAAAAGACAUUUUCACGACCAGCACCAACAGCUACAAUGUACUUCUUCAGACAAAAGAAGAAAAAAAAAUGCCAAAACUUUCUUCAGCUAAUCACAAAAAGGUUAGAAAAUCUGCAAGACAGUCACCAACAGGACACAGCCGGGAACAUCGCAAGGCAAAUCACUCAGUGCCAUUGCCAGCCAAUAAACUGCAAAAUUCAAGCAGGUCACCUGAAGUCUUUUUAGGAAGCCCAUUCUCCAGUAAUGGUGCAUUCAUCCGCCCUAUAGCGGUUACCGGAAACCAAAUAGGACUGUCCCCUAGACCUAAGGGAAAAAGCAAACGACAUUACUUCUCCAGCCUGCAGAAGACAAAGUCAUCCCAGCUUCCAAAAGUUAUUGGCAAGGAGUGUGGGAUCUCUACCAAGAGGCCCUGUAUACUGACUGCCAUCAAGCCUUCAAAUGUGGAAAAAGAAAAGGCCAAGUUCUUCAAGUCAGAAUUCACCUACAAUCCUCAGUUUGAAUAUGAUAAUCCAGCAUCUCCAUACGUGUUGGAAAAAUAUAGCAGUGCAUCGGAUAAAUUCUUAAUGCAAGCAAUCAAGAUCAUGGAAGUUGCUUUGCAAAAAUAUGGUAGCUAUGAAAAAUUUGAAUAUGCAUCUGGAGGAAGUCUUCUUACAAAGAGUCGAAUAUGGUUUCAUGUGAAGAAAUAUAUGGAAAAAGAGGAGUGCCUAGGAGAGAUUGUGGUUCAUUUGACAGAUGACCUUUUGUCCAGAGCAUCAAUGACAGUAGUUAAUGGUCGUCCAACAUUAACCAUCAACAUGUCCAGUGCACGGGAACACUGGCUGGAGGGCAUGCUAAGACAUGAAAUCGGAACUCACUAUGUGCGUGGUGUUAACAAUGCCCUCCAGCCAUGGUGCACCUUGAGUGGUCGUAAAAAGCACGGCUUAAAGCCAGUCAACCCCACAGAAGAGGGUCUGGCCAGCAUUCACAGUGUACUCUUCCGCAAGGACCCCUUCCUCUGGAGAGCAGCUCUCUUGUACUAUACUGUGUACCAGGCCAGCCACAUGUCCUUUGCACAACUUUUUCACAAUGUUGGCAGAUUUGUCAAGGAUCCUAAUACCCGGUGGGACUACUGUGUGCGUGCCAAGAGGGGACAAAAGGACACUUCUCUGCCAGGCUGUUUCAGUAAAGAUCAAGUGUAUUUGGAUGGCAUUCUUAAAAUACUAAGAUACAGGGAAACAAUUGACUUUCAACUUCUGACUGCUCUUGGAAAGGUCUCUUAUGAAGAUGUGGACCGCUUGAAGGGACUUGCCAUAAUGAACAAUGUACGGAUACCUCAUUUUCUUCAGGAUCAAGCCCGCUACAAAGAGCAGCUGAACAAAAUUAUGGAAGUUAAUCAUCUAACGGAUGCUGAACUUCAGACUCUUCUGUAGUGCUGACUUUGUUUACAUUGAUUACUCUUCCAUUUUCUUUUUGCUCAUACAGUUACUUUGAACAGCAUGGAUGAAACAAAGGCAGAGCAUAGACACACGCUUCUGAUAUCUGAUUAAAGGCAGGGAUGGAGCUUAAAUUUAUUUACUUCUUGGAGUAAUAUUGCGUGGCUUAUGGGUGGUUUAUGGGUGUAAUAUACGUUUAUUUUUUAUAACAAGUCCAUGCUGCCUUGGCCACUGGGUCCACACCUGGAGUCAAGUCUAUGACUUUUUGCUGAUUAGUCCAACUGUUGGGUGGAAAAACAAGUGUAACAUGGCCUCCUAAACUAAAGGAGUGGAGCUCAGGAAGCCACCGUCAUCUCUGUGCAGUGGGGUUGGUGAGGUCAGCAGGCUGAUUCUUUAACUUGGCAGCAAUACAUAGCUUUACAAAUCUUAGAGUCUUACAGUUUACAAAGUGUGUAAGUGAGCUGUCCGGAGAAAUUGGUGGCCAAUCAGAAGACUGUGUGCAGUGGCUCACUGGUGGUCCAGCCAAAAACAGAACUGCUCUGAGAACCGACACAAUCUGUGAAGUGUUAAGCCGACUUUAGUAUCCUCAUAUACUGUGCUUGUGAUCGCACAAACAUUUGC